AUGCAAGUUGCAGGCAGUUCGUCAUUUGGCCUUCCAAUUGACCCGCUGUCCGUGGGUACGUCUCCAGCAAUUUGCGCGUUCGUGUUUCUGGCUUUUCACUAUACUCAAUUGACGCAAGGCUACGUGUCUAUGCAAACUGCAGGCAGUUCGUCAUUUGGCCUUCCAUUUGACCCGCUGUCCGUGGAUGAUUAUUGUACAACGGCUAACAGAGAAUAUUUCGGUUAUAGCUAUGCAAUGAAACAACUUCGGAGCUUACAAACUAAUAUCCAAUUUUUCGUGCAGAAUUUUAUUUGCAUUAACAACAAUAUCAAUAAUUGGGACAAUGAAUCUGGAUCAUGGAUUAAUGUUGGACGUUGUGUUAGUAUAGAAAAACUGGUGUGUUCAGCUCGAGCAGAAGUCAUUGGAAGAAAAAGAGAUCAUCUCUUUCCUGGAUUCAGAGAACAAGAAAAUGGAAUAGAGUUUCAUAAUCCCAAUGAGAUUAUUCUCCCGGAUCCAGUUAACGAUUUCGAAAAUGCCCAAUCUAUGGAUUCAACACAUGUUAACUAUGAGGAUGAGCUAUGCGAUGAAAAAACAAAAAAUUCCAUACAAUCUGAAAGUGAGCAAGAUGAUUUAUGCACACCUACCAAAUCUGUUAAAAAAGACUUGACCACGCCUAUCAAGACAACUAAAUUCCCUGAAGAUCGAAAAAGCAGUACGGGAACGCUUAUCAUAGACUAA